GUACACUCAAACAAAAAUGGAAGCCUGCAGAUCAAUUUCAAUAAGAAGCUUGUUAUUAUUGGUUUUAAUACUUAUAAUCCUCACUAAUUCUGCUGAAUCUCAACUAAGCAAUAACUAUUAUGAUGCAAGUUGCCCAGCAGUAGAGAGUGUAGUAAGAUCAACUGUUCAAUCUCAUUACAAUUCUGAUCCUACUAUUGCUCCUGGCUUGUUAAGACUCCAUUUUCAUGAUUGCUUUGUUCAGGGUUGUGAUGCUUCAGUGUUGAUUUCGGGGCCAUCCGCAGAAAGGACAUCCCCGGCAAAUGUUGGAUUGAAAGGCUUUGAAGUGAUUGAUGAUGCAAAGAAACAACUAGAAUCCAUGUGCCCGGGAAUUGUCUCUUGUGCUGAUAUUUUAGCUUUAGCAGCUCGGGAUGCUGUUGACUUGACUGGUGGACCAAGUUGGGGAGUUCCUCUUGGAAGAUUGGACGGAAAAAGAUCUUCUGCAUCAGAUGCCCUCAACUUACCGUCUCCUAUAGAAGCGAUUUCUGUCCAUCGACAGAAAUUUGCUGAUAAAGGUCUCAAUGACCAUGAUCUUGUUACGCUUGUUGGUGCACAUACCAUUGGACAAACGGAUUGCAGAUUCUUCCAAUAUAGGCUCUACAAUUUCACACCAACAGGCAAUUCAGAUCCAACAAUGAACCAAGCAGUUUUAUCACAACUACAAACUAUAUGUCCUAAAAAUGGAAAUGGUUUAACCAAAGUAGCAAUGGACAAAGAUAGUUGGACAAAAUUUGAUGUUAAUUUUUUUAAAAACAUUAGAGAUGGAAAUGCUGUAUUGGAAUCUGACCAAAGAUUAAUGGGUGAUGAUGCGACUAGACCAAUUGUGCAAAAUUAUGCUGGAAAUAUUAGAGGAUUGUUUGGUAUUAGGUUUAAUUUUGAUUUUCCUAAGGCUAUGGUUAAAAUGAGUAGUAUUGAUGUCAAAACUAGUUAUUCAAAUGGGGAGAUUAGAAAUGUAUGCUCAAAGUUUAAUUAAGGUUUGGAAUUUCGUAUUAUUAAUGUAUUCAUAGAGUUUGUAUCUUGUCCUUUGAUGAAUUGUAUUAUCAAAAGUGUGAUUCUAUUGAGUUGUAAUGUUAAAAAAUAAAUUACACUUGCUUGUUUUUACAUCAAUAAUAGAUUUUUUUGUUGUUGCAAA